AUGUUAGGAGGAAAAUAUUUAAAUUUAAGACUUUUCAGUGAAAAAAAAAACUCCCUCACAAAUAAUAUUUUGGAAAAUACAAUAAACAAUAGUUUGCAAAAUGAAAACAAAUUUGAAAAUCAUGAAGAAAAAACAAAAAAUUAUAGAGAUAAAAGAAUUAUACAUGAGGGAUGGUUAAAUAAAUGGACAAAUAUUAUUGGUAGCUAUAGACCCAGAUAUUUUGUUUUAGAAAAUGGAAUUUUAAGAUAUUCUAUAGACAAAUAUGCACCAACUAAAGAAACUUUUGUUUUAUCUCACUGUAAAAUUCGAGUAUGCCCUGAUGACCCAUUGCAUUUUGAAAUUGAAACAAGUGAACAAGGAAUUUUAUAUUUAAAAGCAGAUUUACCUGAACAAAAACAUAAGUGGUAUAUUUCAUUUAAAAAGGCUCAGUUAAAUUAUUUGCAUGGGGGUUAUAAAAAAAGUUACAUAGACAUUAAUAAUUUUAAUAAUAGUAUGUCAAAAAAUUCUUCAUUUUUAACUAGCAUUAUAAAAAAUACAAAUGAUUUUAAUGAAAGUAAAAGUAACAGCACUUUUGGUGACAUGAUACAAAAUAAUGGCAUACAGAAGGUGGAGAAAUUUGAUAAAGAAGCUUCAGGAUCUACUUUUGAUCAUUCUAAUAGCAUUUUAAAAACAGAUAGUAGUAAAAAAUUAAAUUUAGACGAAAUUUUUAUAUGCUGUACUGAUUUUGAAGAUAAAAGCCCUACUUUAUGUUUAAUGGAAAAUAUUGUAUCUUUAAAAGAAAUAACUAGAGAUAUCAUAAAAAAUUCUCAAUAUAAUCAAGCUAAAUCAAUUUUAAAUAAAAUAAAAUUAUCUGACCCAGAUAAAAUAAGUUUUAAUUACAUGAGUUCAUUACUAUCUCAAUUAACUAGUUCUAUAGAAUAUAUUGAUAUAAUAAUAGAAAAGUAUAUCGGUUGUAGUGAAAUGCUACUUAAAGAAGAAAAUAUUCAAUCAAAAUGUAUGAACAAAUCAUUAAAACUAUUAGCUAAACAAAAUUAUUUCCUUGAAAAAUCUCAAGAAAAGAAAAUAUUUGGUGAUUUGGACAUAAAAGUAAAAAAUAAAUUGGAAAAAUUAAAUAUUUACGAAAGUGAUCAGGAAAGUGAAGAUUUGUUUUUUGAUUGCGAUGAAGAAUUUUCUGAUAAAAAUAUUAAAUCAAAUUUCUCUAUUGAAAAUGACUCUUCAAGAAGCUCGAUUGAUAUAGGUGAUACUGAAGAAAAUAUGAAAAAACAUGCAAUAAAUAAAAAGAAAAAAAAAGAAAAAAAUAUAAAUGCUUUAAAAGGUAAAUUGGAAUUAAGUGGUGAUUCUGUAAAUAAUGACAUUGGAUAUAAAAAAAAAAUUAAUGCUCAUGAAAGUUUUGAUGAUCAAGGUUUAGAAAGGGCAUAUAAAACACAAAAAAAGAAUAAAAUGUUUAAUAACACUCCAGAAAACUUAGAAAAUAAAUAUAAUAGCAUUCAAAGAGAGGAAGAAGAGAACAUAAAUGAUUACCAAAGUAAUAAAAAAAAAAAUAAUGUAUCUAUUGUUAAGAAUAAAAAUGAUGGCAUUGUAGAUUAUAAUAAUAAAGAUGAAGAUAAAACAGAUAUUUACUCUCAAAAUAGUCAUGAAUCUGAUAUUCAUAGUAAUGAUAACGAUAAUGAGAAAAAUGAUUAUAGUCUUAUCCGUUUAUGCAGUACAGAAGAAAACAAAUCAAUAAAUUUUGGUAAAAUAGAUGUUUAUACGGAUAAAACAAUUAAAAGAAGAAAAAAAUUACCAAGCCCCAGAACUGAAAUAAAAAUAAGCUUGUGGUCUUUACUAAAAGAUUGUAUAGGUAAAGAUCUUUCCCGUAUAGGUAUGCCCAUUUAUCUGAAUGAACCAUCUUCAUUUCUUCAAAGGCUUGCUGAAGAUUUUCAGUAUAUUUAUUUGUUAAAAUAUGCAUCAAAACAGGUAGAAAGUACAAGCCGACUAGCAUUUGUAACGGCAUUUACUAUAUCACCUUAUGCAUCAGUAAUUGGCCGAACAUUCAAACCCUUUAAUCCAUUAUUAGGUGAAACAUAUGAAUUGACUCACCGGAAAUUUUAUUUUAUAUCAGAACAAGUUGUUCAUCAUCCACCUAUUACUGCUUAUCAUUGCCAUAAUGAUUAUAUGGAAAACUUUGCUAGCAUAAUAGUAAAUGUACAAAUAUUAGGAAAAUCUAUAGAAGUAACUAUACCUGGGUCAAAUCAUCUUAUAUUAAAAUAUAAAAAAAAAUGUAGCAAUAGAAAAAGUUUGAACAAAGUUACAAAAUUGAAACCAAAUAAAAGUAGUUCUGAUAAAAAUAUUUACUAUCAAAACGAAAUAGAACAUCAUGAAAAAAACUUAAUCAAAAAAGAAGUUAACACAAAAUCCCAUAUUGAAAUAAAUGAUAAUCAUAUUUGUAAUGAAACUUCUAAUAAUAACAAUAAUGUAAAAAAUUAUGUUCAAAAGUCUAAUUUUUGUCCGAUUGAAAAAAAAGAAGAUUUAAAUAAAAAUUAUCUAUUCGAGAAAUAUAUAGAAAAUCAUGAAAAUACAACAGAUAAAAAAUAUAAAUCAGAGGAAAGUGUUGAAGAAAAUAAUAAAAUUUCUUUAUCGAAGCAACAAAAUAAAAAUGAAAUAAAAAAUUAUGGAAAUAAUGAUAUGAAUGAAAAUAAGAAUUGUGAAUAUAAUGAUUGUGAUAAUAAUUUCCCUAGUACACAAAAUAUGAAUAAAUUAAAUGAAGAUAACAUCAAAGAAGUAAAUUUAUUAAAUAAAAAUAGCAUAAUAGAAAAUGAAAUAGAAAGUAGUGAAUAUAUAAAAAAAAAAAAAAAGGAAGGAGGAAAAGAGAAGAAAAAAACAAAGAAUUAUAAUAGUGGAGGAAAAAAUGAAUAUGGUUAUGAGCACUAUACCUAUCAAAGAGCAAAUAUGAUUAUUCACAAUAUUAUAUUUGGAAAAUUAUGGGUAGAAUUGCAUGGAAAUAUAUUAAUAAGAAAUCAUAAUAACGGAGAUUUUUCUAUAGUUCGUUAUAUAAGAAAAGGAUGGUUUGAUAAAGAAAUACACAAGGUACAAGGAAUUGUAUGUGACAGAUUUAAAAAUGUUAUUUUUUUUCUUUAUGGGAAAUGGUCCCAAGAAAUUUACAUAGCUUACGUAAAAAAUUUGAAAAAACAGCAAUAUGAUACGUAUUUCUUUAACGAAGAUGGGACAGAAAAUACACAAUACUUUAAUAGAAAUACUCUAAAUGAUUUUAUUAACAAUUUUGACUGGCAAUUUUAUGAGAGUAAUAUAGAAAAUUUAAAAGGUGUGUGCGUAUGGAGAGCACAAAAAAGACCUAAAAAUAGUGAUAUGUAUUAUGGAUUUAAUUAUAUGACAGUAGAAUUAAAUGAAAUAACACCUGAAUAUGACAGGUCAUCUGGCGCAUCCAUAGCAUGUACAGACAGCAGAUUUCGUCCAGAUCAGAGAAAUUAUGAAAAUGGAAACAUAGAAAUUGCUAUGCAUGAAAAACAGAGACUUGAAAAUAAACAAAGACAGAACUGGAAAAAUUAUGGAACAAAUGAUUCUUAUAAGCCAAAAUGGUUUUAUAAGCAUAAAGACCCAAUAUAUAAAGACAAUGAUAUUUAUUUAUUUAAUCAUAAAUAUUGGCUUGCCAAAAAAAAUAAGGAGUUUUCAGAUUCACCUGAUAUAUUUUAA